GCCAUUUGGACUCAGCUCAGCCACUACAGAGGAAACAAUGACUUCAACACAGAAGGACCAACAUGGAGCGAGAAGUCAGCGCUCUCAGGAGGCCGACAAACCUCACAGAACAAAGGGAGAGAAAAGAUACAGCUGUGAUGUGUGUGGGAAGGUUUUUGCUCACAGUAGCAACUUACGACAUCAUCAAGUUACCCACUCUGGAGUUAAGGCGUACAGCUGUGACUUGUGUGGAAAGUCUUUUACCCAGGCUGGAAGCUUAAAAACACACCAAUUCCUUCAUACUGGAGUUAAACCGUACAGCUGUGAUCAGUGUGGUAAAGCUUUUGCUCGUAGUAGCACCUUAGAUCUUCAUCAAGUUACUCACUCUGGAAUUAAAGCGUACAGCUGUGAUGAGUGUGGAAAGUCUUUUACCCAGGCUGGAAGCUUAAAAAUACACAAACUCGACCACAGUGGGGUUAAACCGUACAGCUGUGAUCAGUGUGGUAAAGCUUUUCCCGUCAGUAGAAGCUUACAGAAUCACAAAGUUAUCCACUCUGGAAUUAAGGCAUACAGCUGUGAUCAGUGUGGUAAAGCUUUUGCUCGAAGUAGUGGCUUAAAGAGUCAUCAAGUUACGCACUCUGGAAUUAAGGCACACAGCUGUGAUCAGUGUGGUAAAGCUUUUGCUCGAAGUAGCGAAUUACAAAGUCAUCUAGUUACGCACUCUGGAAUUAAGGCAUACAGCUGCGACAUUUGUGGAAAAACUUUUUGCCGGCUACUCAGCCGAAAUUUUCACCGACGCAUUCACACCAAAAAUGAUUUUUGCUUCUGUGAUCAGUGUGGCAAACGGUUUGUGGCAUACAAAUACUUACGUGAACACAUGUUAACCCACACUGAGGAGAGACCUUAUAAAUGUGAGCUGUGUGAGAAGACUUUUAAAUGUCAACGUUACCUGAGAGUCCACCAACAGAUUCACACCAGAAAGAAACUCUACAAGUGUAGUUACUGUGAGAAGCAGAGCGACACAGAUGGAUCCAGUUCUCAACCCUGUCAUCACUGUGGUGGUGGGAAAGAGUUUCGCUGUGACCUUUGUGGAAAAACUUUCAAUCGUCCAGAGAACCUAAAGGGCCUUGGUCACGACAGCAGCAUCCCAAGCAGAGAAACCCAGACCUCCCUCUCCCCAGCUACCUCUUCUAGCUUGUCCGGUGGAAUAGCCAGAUGUUCCCAGGCCAGCCGAGAGAGUGUGUCCUGGGUGUGCCCCGGGACCUCCUCCGGACAUGCCCAGAACACUCAGGAGGCGUCCAGGAGGCAUCCUUGUCAGAUGCCUGAACCACUUCAACUGGCUCCUUUCGAUGUGUCCGUUAAUACAUUAAUUACAUACGUUAAUUAUUGUUUUCAGUUUACUUUUUUUCAGUUUUCUCUUUCAUCCCUUCAGCUCACCCUUGUCCGUAAUAUAUUAUAUAUAAACGUAAUAUAUAAGUCACUUAGAUAACCUAAAACUGUUAUUGUUUGGCUUUUUUCAGUGUUGUUUUUUGUUCGUGAGUAAAUCGGUUUGACUGAGAUUAAAGGUAUCUGAUUAGGUCAGAUUACAAAUAAAUUUUUUAAUUCCCCGGGUGGUUUUCACACAGCUGAAUAAACGUCAAACAGGAAACUGAUUAAACAGAAGUGUGAAAUG